AUGAGCGAGUCUGCAGUGGGAAGUGGAGUUCGGGGUUGCUAGAAAUCUGCACGUCUCUGCCGACCGGGAGGAAAAUACAAUAAACUUGUUGCAAAUAAAAUGCAAAAAAUAGUCAAAUGAGCAAAGCGGAUCCGCGCAAGAGUGAAGAGAGUGGCUUGCACGAAGGAAGAAACAACGUUGAAAAAUAACUCGAGGAAGAACACGGGUAUGCCUUCUCAUGAAGGUUCUGCCAUCUCUCCCUGGCUGUCGGGAAGCUGUCGACGGGCCUGUUUGGGUGGUCGCUUGGGGUUCGUGUGAUCGGGGUGGCUCCCUGGGAUGGCGGUGCUGGGAGUGGGGUUUUAAGGAUCCUCCUUCCUGAUGGAAUGGUGGGGAAGCUCCUCUGCGGAUCACUGGUCCUCUCAGAGCAAGCGAGAAUAUCGAUACUAUACGAUUUGACCGGAACACUGUGACUUGGAAAAUUUUGCACAGAUCGCACACAGUGUGGACAGUUUAUCCCUUUUUUUUUUUUUGUAUACAGAAAGAGAAGCCAACGUGAUCCAUCAUGAACAAAGAUGGGGAAGUGGACACCAUUGCCCCCGAGUUGCCGGCGAUGUUUGACGGGGUGAAGCUGGCAGCGGUGGCGACAGUGCUGUACAUCAUAGUGCGCUUUCUGAACCUGAAGAGCCCGACCGAGCCGCCUUGCCUCAGCUAUCAGGACACCCCGCUCAACCGCUUCCUGAUCAAGUCCUGCUCGCUGCUGACCAAAGAGUACAUUCCUCCCCUGCUAUGGGGGAAAUGCGGGCACCUACAGACGGCGCUGUAUGGGAAGAUGGGCCGGGUCAGCUCACCUCAUCCAAUAGGGCUGCGCAAAUUCCUCGCCAUGCAUGACGGGGCUACGGCCACCUUUGACCUCUUCGAACCUCUAGCUGACCAGUGCACAGGAGAUGAUGUCACCAUGGUUAUUUGUCCUGGGAUUGGUAACCACAGUGAGAAGCACUACAUACGAACCUUUGUGGACUACGCUCAGAAGCAGGGCUACCGGUGUGCAGUCCUUAACCACCUGGGAGCUCUGCCUAACAUUGAGCUAACCUCUCCCCGCAUGUUCACCUACGGCUGCACCUGGGAGUUUGCAGCCAUGGUGGGCUACAUCAAGAAGACAUUCCCCCAGACGCAGCUCAUUGUUGUGGGCUUCAGCCUAGGUGGCAACAUUGUCUGCAAGUUCCUGGGUGAGAACCACACCAACCAGGAGAGAGUGCUGUGCUGCGUCAGUGUGUGCCAGGGCUACAGCGCACUCAGGGCUCAAGAGACAUUCCUGCAGUGGGAUCAGUGCCGGAGAUUUUACAACUUCCUCAUGGCGGACAACAUGAAGAGGAUCAUCCUCUCACACAGGGGCAUGCUGUUCGGAGACAGCUCCAGCAAGAGACCCAGGAUGAUGGAGGAUGCCGACCUGAGCCGGCUCUUCACAGCUACCUCCCUCAUGCAGAUUGACGACAACAUCAUGAGAAAAUUCCAUGGGUACGACUCCCUCAAGGAAUACUAUGAGAAGGACAGCUGUGUCCAUUAUAUUCACAAUGUCAAUGUGCCUCUGUUAUUGGUAAACACAUCAGAUGACCCACUGGUGCAUCCAAGCUUGCUGACCAUCCCACGCACACUUGCAGAGAAGAAGGAGAAUGUGAUCUUUGCCCUCACGCUACAUGGAGGGCACCUGGGAUUCUUCGAGGGGGCGGUGCUCUUCCCUCAGCCUCUCACCUGGAUGGACAAGGUGAUUGUGGAGUACGCCAACACCAUCUGCCAAUGGGAGAGACACAAACCGCAGUGCGGGAGUGGCAGUGAACAGGACUGCUCGUAGGAAACGGAUGAACACGAACCCCUCCCUGACAGCGCCCUGCCACCUCGCUCUCCUCCUCCUCCUCCUUCUUCUUCUACUUUCUUCCACUGACUUUUUCUUAUCGUUGUUUUUUUUUUUUUUUUUUCUGUGGGAGAGUUUUCACAAUUUUGUUUGUUUUGGUUUCUUUCCAAAACAAACAAAACAAAAAAGCCCCGCUGUGUUUUAAUAUGUGACGAGCAAAAAGGGAAGAAACAGAAACAAGAACACUGAAUGUGAACAUGCUGAAAAAAUAACAAUAACCAAAACUAGAAGGGAAGAUCGAAAGGGAUAUAAUGCAGUCAAUGUUUCUGUGGGGCUCAGUGGCACAGUUCAUGCUGGUGUAAAACAGCCAGUAGUUUACGUCACAGAACCACCACACAAGUGUUCUUCGAGUCCAAGCUCUGAAGGGUAGGGGCUGUUGUUCAGGUCAGUGUUUAGUUAAGCGCUUGGAUGAACCGUGUAGAAUGCACCUUUGCAGGCAGGGUUGACUAACCUUCGCUUGGCUGUAGUCACUGCCACCUUUCUUGUGCACCAAGAGAAAAAAACAGUUGCCAAAAUUCAUCCUUGACUAAAACACUAUAUAUAUAUAAAUAAGGAACCAUAAUAAAAAAAAUAAUAAUAAUAAAUGUAACUGUAUAUUUUAGACUUUUUUUUGGGGGGAGAGAAUUUACCUCUGCUGGAAAAACUGGGUUAUAUGUUAAAAAAAAAAAAAAAAAAAGGAAAAAUAUACUAACUGCUUCCCCUCUAAUCUCAGUCACAAACGUCCUGUCCAGCCCCAGGGUUUCAAGUUACCUUGAAAUGCCGAUCUAUCAUCUAGUGUUCCCCGCCCUAGAUCUAAAUGCAUUCUCUGGAGUUCAUUCGUUUUUUUUUUUUUUUUUUUAAACCCUUGAUUUAAGUUCUUUUAUUUUUGCGUGUGGUUUCAAACUCCUUUUUUUUUUUUCCCUUUCUGUUUCUUGGCUACUGUUGUCAGUUUUGCACAUUCUGGCCCUGGGGUUUGACCGCUGUAAUGUAGAGGCACGUACACUGACUUCACAGCCAUGCAGUCUGUCUUAGUUGAUGCUCUGAGUCCUGUCUCACUCUCUGGGACUCUUUUAGUCAGGUGUCCACGCCGGCUUCAGACUUACCCAAGGCACAAAGAUCCCGGUUGGGUUUUUGUCCCCUGUCUUGCGGUUCAGUUCUCUGAGGCUGUGCUUUUUAGUUUCUAUGCCUUAUUGUCACGUGAAAGAGAUUAAAACAUUGACUCUUUUAAUUGUGACCUAGGUUUGCUCUACAGGACUAGCGGUCUGAACCCAGCUGGAUUCACUUGCAUUCCUACUGUCACUUGCUGCAGUUCAUCCCAAAGGUCACAAAGCGUCCACUGUAUGUGUUUAUGUCAAGCUUUUUAUUUUUAAAUCCCAUCUUUUAAUUAUGGUUCUUAAGAUGGGGUUUUAAUUUGUUAACGCCCACUAGCCUCGAGGGUACCCCUUUUUAUUUAUUUAAUUGUAACUUUCGGGUGUGUUUGAAGGGAAGGGAAGUCGAGAGAACAUUUCUGAAAUGAAAUGUUAUCCUCUGUUUCAUUGGGAAACACCUUCCCUUUCCCCAGCAGAUGCUGGGGAGUCGUGAGUUUAGAAUUCUAACAGAUGCACAGAAUCUUUGCUUUUCUAUGUGUCUGUUUACCCUUGCCUUUGAAAAAAAAAAAAAAAGCUCUUAUAUUCCUUACGCAAAUUAUGUUACUGCGAUAAGUUGGGUUACUGGGUGAAAGAGGUGGGUUGUUUUUCGUAUGACCAUAUUUAAAAAAAAUAAAUAAAUAAAAUAAAAAUUC